AUUGACCAUGUAGGCAAUUACUCUAUCCCCUUGAAGCAACCAAGCACAUCCUACAAGUAUAAAUUGCUUGAACAAGUUUGUUAAUUUGUCUAAUUUUAAUCUCAUUUAAUCUUGCUCUAUAACCCAUACUGUUGCAUCUUCGAAGUUCAAUCUCCAUUGAUAUCAAACAAAUUCCCUCAAAAUCAAUACAUAAUAGAGCAAUGGAAGAGAUUCCUGAACUGCCACUCCGUAACCCAGCACACAAGAUCAUCGCAGUUGCUGCCGGUGAAGCUCAUACUCUCGCACUUUCCGGAAAUGGGAAGGUGUAUUCAUGGGGAAGAGGCACAUUUGGGAGACUUGGUAAUGGUUCUGAAUCUGAUGAGAAUUUACCGGUUUCUAUAAAAUUGGAUAAUGGGAAAUUAUCUCAGACUGAGAAACCUCACAAUUUUAUUGGUGUUGCUGCUGGUGCUUAUCACAGUCUUGCUCUUUCUGAUGAUGGAUCAGUUUGGUGCUGGGGCUACAAUACCUAUAGCCAACUUGGAUUCGAUGGAGAUAAUGUCUCAGUUCCCCGAAAAUUAGACAAAUUAGUUCAGUUGGACUCUCCCAAAACUCUUGGUGGUGAUUCAGUGGUAAAGAGUACAGAUCCACUGAAGGUCUGUGCCGUCGAAGCUGGUGGAAUGAUGUCAGUUGCUAUUGAUAACCUCGGAGCACUCUGGAUGUGGGGCAACAUCCCACAGCAAAGCAGUCCUGACGAUGAUACAUUCUCGCUCGGAAGUUUUCCAACCCCGGUUCCCAUGUGGGAUUUUCAUGGUCAUACAGUUGUUAAGGUGGCAUGUGGUAAUGAGCACAUUAUUGCUCUGGUUAGUGCUGGUGAAAAACAUACCGGUGAUGAUCUCGUGUGCUACACUUGGGGUAACAAUUAUCAUGGUCAACUAGGGUUGGGAGAUACAAAGAGCCGAUCACGGCCUCAAAUUGUUGCUCAGUUCAGCGAGGGAUCAGCUUGGAGGGCUUAUGAGGUGGCGUGUGGAGCUUUUCACACCGCUGUACUUACUCUCAAGAAAAGGCCAAGUGAUACACUAGAAAGUGUUUGCUGGACUUUUGGUCUCGGAGAAAAUGGUCAGCUUGGACACGGUACAACCCAGAGUGCCUCGCUCCCUGAACCUGUUAUAGGAUUGCCAGAACAAGCAUAUCUUGUUUCUGUAGAUUGUGGGUUGUUCCAUACGAGUGUAGUUUCAUCGGCUGGGGAAGUAUGGUCAUGGGGGAUGGAAAAAGGUCUUGGGCUUUGCCCUGAUAUGAGUUUUACAGGGCUGGAUCACGGAGAUGCGAUUUUACCACUACAAAUCUUGUGUAAUGGGCCACAUGGACUGAACUUUCCGGGUCCUAUAGCAGUUGCAUGUGGCGCAGCUCACACAGUCCUUGUUGCAGAUGACGGUUUUAAACUUUGGGCUUGGGGACGAGGAAGGAGUGGAGUUCUUGGUGAUGGCAAACUAAGUGAUUCCUAUUUUCCAAAGACGGUUUUGUGGCCCCCACUAUCGGAAGAUUUCAGUGACGGGAUAGAUUUGAACGAUAAAGAGUCGAAGAAGCCAAAAGGCGAGGAGCCAGAAACGGAAAAAAAGUUAUCCACGGCAAUGGAAGAGAUCAAACUACUUCAAUCAAAACUUACGGUGAUGGAACGCUAUGUAAACAUUCUUCAUGGCACUCUCUUUGCACGGCCUUUUGAAGAGAAAGAUGUUCCAGUCUCGUUGGUCAAUUCGAAUUCUUUUGACGUUGGAAAAGCAUGGGAUAAUAUACUGGAGACAGCAGACCGUAAAGAGCUAAGACGUUUAGAGAUGUUCUUUGGAAGUAUGGUCGAUUGUGUGAAGGAUAAGAUAAUGAAGAGGAAGAUUCAAGAGAUUGUGAGCGAGUUUAUGCAGUCUUCAAAUAGUAGCCCCCAUUGAAUCGCCGAAAGUAAUAAAAGAUGGAGGGAAUUCUGCCUUUCAAAUGCAGGGUUACUCUUUUAGUAACCCGUUCGACGUCGUGGCAAGCUUUGCUUGUGAUUAUAAAUGAUACCAUAGGCUUGUCAACAAGAUUUCUGCAAGACUGCAAGUAAUAAACUCAAUACAGGAUGUAUAAAAUGAGAUUGGGAAGAAAGUAAAUAUGUUAGAAUAUGUUAUAUGUGAUGUAAGGAGUUUUUUUUUUUCUCUUGCUCUUGUUUUUAGUUUCUAAGUUACAGAUUUUGGUAUCUUGAUCGAGUAUUCCUUCAGUGUAAUACAUAUUUUACUUCCUAUAUGAGAGACGAUCUGUUUGAGAGAUCAUCUCUAAUUGGGUCGGCACAUAAAGAAAAAUAUAGAGUAAGAGUACGCAUUAAGCUUUAA